CCGACGCCGCCCCCAAUUCGCUUCGAGGACAUGAGCUCGCCGCAAUGGCAGACUCAAGUCGUUCCGGCGCGACUCUCCUUCCUCGCCAUCUAUAAUCCCUCGCUGGGUCUAACAGAUGAAACAUUCAAGGAACAAGCCGUCUUCUACUACUCUCGCAAGGCCCACGAAGCACGACUCGCUGUACGGAAAAAGGCUCGCAGUGACGCCGGCGAUGGCGGCGCUCUACGCGAAGAAGAGAACGAGAAGCUGAGGCAGAUUGGGUUGGCACAGGGAAUGAUAGAUUUCGCGCGGAGUUUUUCCGAUGGCCAAGCUGUCGACUCCAUAGACACUGAAAAGUCGCGUAUUGUCCUGCAUGAGCUCGAACCGGGAUGGUGGAUACUCGCGUCCAUUGACCUCACGCGACUGCCCGGACUACCGCAACCCAAGUCGGAUCCUAUGGCGAAAGGAGUAGACAAGACUGAGCCGAAAGAGGCAAUCGAGUACUCUGCUCGCGAGGUCAGUCCACCGGCACUACUGAUUCAGCAGCUCAUUCAGGCCCAUCACAUCUUCUCUCUUCAUCAUGGUUCUUCACUCACGGAGUUGUUUGUGCGCUUGCACAGAGUCAAAUUCUGCGGCAUAUUGGACAGAUUCUGGGCCAGAUUCUCUCGCACCUGGGAUGUCCUGCUUCAUGGCAGUCCUGCCACUGACAUCUUUAGCGGCGUCAAGCUCUCCAGCGGAGGCGAGCUCGGUAUGGGUGUAGGUGAAGAAGAAUGGGGCAGUGGGGAGCGAGACGUGCUCGAAGAUCUGGUUCGGCGAACCGAAGGACUGGUGGAUAUAGUCGCAGCUCGUUUCGGCGAACCGGCGCCUUCAAAGGAGACCGCUACUACGAGCGAUGCAGAAGCUUUGCCCUGGGUAGGAGGCGGCAACUAUCCAAUGGCAUCAGACGGUAUCAUCUUUGGUGGCACGGGAGCCAUCACGACCCCAUCUCUGCGGAACGUGUCGUUGUGGAUGCGGCAGAUUUACACUUAUGGCGAAUAUGCCUAUGGUGUCCGAGAUAAUCCAUUGCGUGAGCGCAGACGUCGGAAGAGACGACAGGUAAAUGUGCCCGCAGGUCCCGAAUUCGUAGACAGAUCAGACCCUCGGCCAAAAGUCCCAGCUGUUCCUGAUAGUACGGCAGCGAAGGACUUCGGCACACCUCCUGUGACUCCUAACCCCCCAGCUACAAAUGAAGGGAUAGAAAACCCAUUUGAUGAAGACGAUGCCUCUCAUGCGACUGGACUUCCUGGGAUCCCGCCUCCUAUCGUUAGUGCAGCCGAAACCUCUCUCAAUCAAGCUACUCGAAAGGCUCAGAUACGACCUGAUGGUACAGAGACGUCCACGAAUGAUGACUCAGGCACGACACUGGGAGUGCCUGAUCAGUACAUGAAGUACCUCACCUUUGGCAUAAGCACAUUGGUCAAGUCUGGCCAACAGAAGCGGCCGGAGGGCCCACGGAGAACAUCAACAUCGAGCUCGAAGACGGUCACCGAACAGCGACACGCAGCAGCCAGACUACCGAAGCAAGAUGACAUCAGGGAAGCCGAAGAAGACGACAUGGCACAAACGGAGCCCAUGCCCGUAGGACACACUCUACAAACCAGAAUUGCUAUGCAGAAACGCCUCGAACAACAGGGACAUUUCAUUGUCGGCCUCCAGGGUGAUCUGGACAGUGUGCCAGAUGACGAGACUGCUCCUGUCGAUGAUACAGAUGCUGAAGAAUCUGGUGGUCUCCGGAAUAUACUGCGUACAGUACAUGUGCAGCGGACACCUCAACAAAGCGAGGAAGUAGAUGAAGAAGAGUAUGAUCCACUGCAACGAAAAAUGUCAACGUCUUCACAAGCCACCGAUUCCGAGGGCUCUGAUGGCCCGAGGCGCCAUCGCGUGCUGGUCUACGCCCAUCGUCCGUUCAUGUACUGCUUUCUCUUCGAACAUCGCACACCGUCCCUGGCAGUGGCGAGAUUCUACAAGGAUUUGCAUCGCAACCUGCUGCCCAUACAUAAACCUUUGCUCUCCUCGACCAGCUACUCAAAGGUUGCACAACGCAUCGACGAUGCGCAAGCUGCAUCUUCAGAGACUGCUAGUAUCACAAGUGGCCAAUCGAGCAAUAGCAAAUCUCCGCAGCAGUCGCCCAUAUAUGAUCUACUCUAUGACCCGGCGCUGCUCACUGUGCAUACCAGCAUACCCAACAUUGCCGAGCCGGGCACGCCUCUUGCUGAAGGCAUCUUGUCCAGGAAAGAGGCUGGAACGCAGGCGUGGACGAGAAUCGACGCACUGAAUGUGCAUAGCCAGAUUCUUAACACACUUUCCAGCGUCAAGCGCAGUCCUUGCGAGUACGAGCGUACUAGCAAGACGAGUCGUGGCUGGUGGGUUGUCUGGAUGAGGCUGCCUCCCUCAUCACCACAGCGUGAAGGAGCCGGGUUGGAAUCCGCAUCUUCACUCCCUUGUAUUGAUGAAGAGCAGCAACAGCAACAGCAACGACAUCAGAAGGCCGCUGAUGAUGCUGAAAGCGUCCCCUCGUCGGACGAUCAGCCACGUGCUUUCAUUGCCCCUUCACUGACCAAGGAAGACUCUGAUGACACGGUUCUCCCCCCUUCGACCAGACAUGCGUCCAUCUUUACGCAGAAACCACAGGUCUCGAUGGAUCGCAUCGCUUUCUUGGUCCGUAAAGCUUCUGACAGUUCGACUACCUCCGGACAGGCCAAAUCGUCUUCGACGAGUAGUCGCGCUGCGAGUAGUAUGUGGAGUGCGCUUACUCUUCGUCCGACAUCGACUUCUGACGCGAACACGGGCGGCGUGGGAGCCGGCUGGGGUCCUUCUGCCCUUGCUGGAGGGAUUGGUUUCGAUCCUCGGAAGUAUGUGGAAGGUUUACUCAGUCUGAAUAGGUAGUAAAGUACCUAGCAAGCGUCGUGCACGGACUCUCGCUAUCGUUACCACUCAGGUAGGUAUCCAUCGAUCAUGCAACAGCAUACCAGUACGCAGCUAGCACCGGAGCCAGACAAGUCAUAGCAGCACCGAAUUUAGUCGUUUUACUACUGUUCCAGCACGCCGACUUGACAUCUUCGUAGAAAUUGACGUAUGCGUUGUCGCUCCGUGGUUUCUUUGCCUUUUUGGGAAUGGGGUCUUCUUGCGAUACAGGUGCAUAGUUUUGUCGCACAAUGGCAUUGCAUUCCAUUUCGGAGAGGACUUCAAUGCGUUUUGUAUCCGGGAAAAUUCGUAGUGCAAAGGGUAUAUCGUCCGCGGAACCGGGGACGAUGGAAGAGGCUUCGCUGUCCAAGAAAGUCAAGCUCGCUUUCAAUCGCAUUUUCUUUUGCAUAUUACCCCAUUCGUUUCGUAAUCUCUGAGGGUCAUGAUCGAAAGGAUCUCGGACACGAUCUAACACCUCGAUGGCCAAUUCCAUGAGAUGUUUGAUUUGAGCGGCCCAGUCGAGGAUUACCACAUCGGGGAGUGUCAUGAGUUGACGGAGAAGAGCUUCGGCGGCGAGCCAGUAGCUGUUGGAAAUUUCUUGAGAUUCGAGUCCUUCGGCCCGUCGGAGGUGCGCGAGAAGGAGGAAGUAGACGUAUCGUUGGGAGUCGGAGAGGGGAGAGGGAGAGCCUUGUUCGGCUGCUAGAUCUUCUUUGGGAAUGGACAUGAUAUCGUCUCCGGUCGUGGAGAUCGACUGCAUGAUUUGGCGGGCGUGGGGUGGGAAGUGUAAGCCGGUCAGACGGUGAAGUAAUUCCGCGAUGAGGCGGCGACGGGUAUCACUGAUAUGCUGUUGUUGUUUCGUAGUGACAUCUUUUGUUGCGAGUGGAGAACAAGCGGGACAGUAGCAGUUAAAGCCGUACUGGUUGCGUAGGAGGACCGAGCGUUCUUUUGCGGUGCACAGUUCGUGCAUUUGACUGUUAUAGCUGAUGCAUAUCUCUUCUCCCGCGCAAAUCUCUCUUUCGGCGAUAAUUUGUGCCACGUCUCCUAGACAGCAUUCGUCGUGGUGGGAAGUGGCAUUGGGAAUGCAGCUGUGGUUGAUUCUGCAGAUGGUGGGAUGCAGCCAAGUGGACGUGCCAUCACCAAACGCAUUCGACUUCAUGAUCUGUGUCAGGAGAGGCUCGUCGGCAGGUCGUGAGGAUGCGGAGAGGGCGAGGACGGAUUGGCGCUCGGAUUCGAGGAGGACGGCAAAAGCGUCUUCGAGGUCGUGCUGCGUAUAUUCGUCGCCCGUCUUCGCUACCUCCAUCAGACGGCUUUCUUGGACGAUCACCGUUCCCGGUGAGAUGUUCUGGGUUGCAAAGACGCCUUGCCCUUUGAACUCCGUCUCUCUGACCUCGUACAUGAUGGCGUUGUCGCUGGAUUGGCCCAUCUCGUGCCGCGUCCUUCAGCUUCUCGAUGCGUGGGGUCAAGCUGGCA